AUGGUGACUCGAUGUCUGACGAAUCAAUGGACGAUGACGCAGAUUCGGCACAUGCACAGAUUUACGGUUGGGCUCUUCGUGGAGCCUAGGAGAAUACCUUAG